UUCUCUCAACAUCCAUACAGCCUAUCAUUCAAAGGGAAAGUUCGUUUGAACACACAGCAGUAGUAAGCAUGCUUGAAAGUACAAGCGAAUCAGAAGAACCAGGCAAUGAAGUACCAUCAACAGAAGAACUAACAAGGCCUGAGGAAAAUCAAAGUGUACAGUCAUGGACUACCUCUGAGACCUUUUCACAGGAGGACAAUGUGGUUCCUUUAGCUGGGACAACAAAUGAAGGACCAGAAGAUGUCACAAAUGUGGAAGUGCAAGCAGUUCCAGACAAAGGAAUGAUAUCAACAGAACAACAAAAACAUGACAGCCAUGGAAAUAGUCAUUCACUGACAACCCCUGAGACUGCUAUGUAUAUGGAAGAUGUGGUUCAUUUUUCUGUGCCUGCAGAACAAAUACUAGAAAACAUGGCAAAUGCAGAAACUAAAGCAAAACCAGACAAAGAAGUGACUUCAGAAGAAGAGCAAUCAAGGCAUUGCCACAGUGAAAGACAGUUGGAGAAGGAAGACGUAUUUCAUUUAGCUGUGUCUAUAGAACAAAGAAGUGAGAAUAUGACAAAUGGUGAAAUGGAAGAUCUAUGCAAAGAGGUAAUAUUAACAGAAGAAGAACAAAGAAGAUAUGAUAUCCAUGGGGGUGUUCUGUCACUGAUUGUCUCUGAGCUUCUUCCACAGAAGAAUGUGAUUCAUUUACCUGUGACUACAGAUCAAAGAAGAAAAAAUAAGUCAGCCACAGAAAUGAAAGCAAAACCAGACAGAGGAGUCAUGACAUCAACAGAAGAGCAAAUAAGACAUGAGAGCAGAGAAAGACUGGGGUCGCUGGCUAUUUCUGAAUCUCUUCCACAGAGGGACAAUGUGGGUCAUUUAGCUGCAAGUGAGCAGCAAAGAAAGGAAAAAGUGACAAAUGCUGAAAGAGACGUAUUUCAAAAGGAAUCCCCUACUCAGUUCAAGGCCAUUAUUGAAAUGGAAUAUUCACAUCUAAACCCAGCAAUAGAAAAGAUGACUGGAAGAACAUGUCAGCCAGCUACAAACAAAGAAAUGGCAUCUACAAAAGAGCCUAGGAGGAGCGCUAAGAAGGAAAAAGUUCCGUCUUUGAUUGUCUCUGCAACUCCUUCAACAAAAGAGGACAAGGGACACUUAGGUGAAACUGUGGACCAAAGAAUAGAAGACUAUACUAGUCUAGAAAUAAAUGGUAAAAUCUUUAUUUUAUGUGUAGCCCUUUGAAGGAAUAGUUACGUAAAUCAAAACAAUACCAGUGGAUAAAGAUAUUUGUGUAUAUCUGUCAUAGAGUAGAUUAA